UCAUGCUGGUGAAUGUACUUCGAGAGUAUAAUGUCAAUAGAAUAUUUUUGUCGUGCCUAGGUCUUUGGCCAUUUCAACGUAAGCUCACGAGAUAUUUAUUGCCAAUACUCUGCUUUAUAAUCGAAAUAAGUUACUUGCCGUUCGAGAUAGUAACAUUGUACAUACAUAGAAAUGAUGGACAAAUGAUCUUUGAAUGUCUGUAUCAAAUGGUUGUAACGCUGGCGUUCCUUGUAAAAUUAUUCAAUCAGCUUUGGUAUCGUAAUAAGUUUCGACGUUUAUACGAAACUAUGGAAAACCAUUGGAAUAUAUUUACGAAUGAUUUCGAAGUUCGAGUUAUAAAAAGUUAUUCUGUCAUAUCACAGAAAUUUGCAAUAUCUUAUCUCACAUUCCUUUACGUUAUGGUGUUAAUGUUUGUCACAAUACCUUCAUUCGGACCGAAGCUUCUUGAUAUUGUGCUACCUCUUAAUGAAUCGCGCCCCGUACACUUGGCAAUUUAUGCUGAAUAUGGGGUAGAUCAAGAUAAGUAUUUUAUGGCAAUAUUUUCGUACACCACUAUUAUGAUCGCAGUGGGUAUAACUAUUAUGGUGGCUGUUGAUACUAUGCAUGUCACGUGCACCGCGCAUGCAUGUGGUUUAUUCCAAGUUAUCGGUCAACAAAUUGAAAAUAUAAUAUCGAACGUGAACGGCGAGACUAAAAAUCACGCAAAUGCGGAGUACGAAUUACUCAAUGAGAAAAUGAUAUAUCGAGAAUACAUUGUGUGCUUGAAGAAACAUCAACUUGCUUUAGAGUAUGUCGAUAUAUUGAACGACACGCAUAAGAUUGUGGGAAUCAGCUUCUCAUUAUUUAUUGGCGCGGUUUUCAGUCUGAUUGGAGUUCGCAUCGUCUAUGUGUUAGACCAAGUGGAAGAAAUAAUUAGAUACUUCUUUAUAAUCUCGGGAGCAUUGGUGCAACUGAUGAUCGUGUGUUAUUCCGGCCAAAAAUUAAUGGACGAAAGUCAGAAUAUAUUUCACCGAGCAUAUGCAGCGGAAUGGUAUAAAUUCUCACCAAGAUUAAAAUCAUUGUUAAUUAUAACUCUUUACAGAAGUGUUGUACCAUGCAAAUUAACAGCAGGUAAUUUGUUUCCAUUAUCGAUGACACUCUACGCCGUGGUAAGUACGAAAAUCUGGAAAAAAUUAUUUUACAAAAUACAUAUAUUGGAAAUGAUUUAUGUGUUUUUGUUCGAUUUAAGGUGGUGA